CACACACAUGUACACACCACGUAUACGUCUAGUAGGAUGAGAGCUUAGCAAGCUGUGUGAUUAUUUGUUAUCACUCCAACUGUAUGUGUGACACUCAAGAUAAGCGGGUCAAAAAUCACCGAUAGGCUUGAGAAAGAAAACCGGAAAUAGGAAUUUCACAACGGACAAGCGUGUCACCGUGUGGUUUGUUUACAUUUAAUUCAACAGUAUGUUGACUUCGGAGCCGAUGUUCGUCUUUGCUGAAAUGACGGUUUCUCAUACUCUAUGAUGCGGACAUGGCAAUGACGGAGUGUUGGAACGAUACAUAUCUCGCCUUGGUAUAUAGUGUUUGACUACAAAGACCUUAAUCUCGCGGGAAGAUCAUUGGAUUUUAAUCAUGUCGAAAACGAAGAAAACUAGCAGGUCGUCUUUAAAAGACGCAAAUGACGUCGACGAGCUUCAGCCAUUGACAUUCACCGGAAGUCAAUUCACAAACGACGUCUUCGACGAAGCGUUAUCUGUUGAAGAGAUAGAGAAAAACAACAAGCAAUCAUCGGGAACUGAUACGGAUCCUUGGGAACGAAACAGCGGGUCGAACAACAUGGAAGAGAAGAAGAAUUAUGCGAAAGCCACCCAUAAGCCUAAGCUUUCUCGUGUAUUGUCUUUUGAAGAUCCAGAAGUUCGAUGUGGCUUUGGACCGUAUAAACCGGAUGUGUUGCAGAAAUUUAACAACCCCAAGUGUCUUCUGGCUUUUCUUUCAUUCUUCGCUUUCAUCCAAGGUUUUGUUGUAAAUGGCAUUAACAAUGUGAAUACAACGACUAUAGAGCGACGCUUCGGUCUACCGAGUUCAAAGGUCGGCAGUAUCUCUAGUGCCUACGACGUGUCGGCAGCUAUAAUUGGAUUAAUUAUUAGCCACCUCGGAUCGGGCCGGAACAAGCCGAAGUAUCUCUCGUUAGCGGCCGGAAGUAUGGCGAUAGGAUCAUUCGUGAUGACUCUACCACACUUCACCAAUGGGCUUUAUCUAUGGGGUGAAAAUACCAGGGGAACAUGCAGUGAGAUGACGGAGCCUAACACAUGCAACACAGACGAUAGUUUGCAGAAUUACUUGUACGUAUUUCUCCUGGGUCAAGCAUUACACGGAGUGGGCGGAACAACACUCUAUAUUGUGGGCGUGUCUCUAAUGGACGACAGUGUCCCAGCAACGUCGUCUCCCAUGUAUAUCGGAAUAUUUUACUCCUUCGCUACGUUUGGACCCGCCCUUGGAUACAUUAUCGGGGGUCAGAUGCUGAAUGUUUAUGUCGACUUUAACGAGCCAGAAGGUAACAGCGGGAAAUUGACACCGGGUGACCCUCGAUGGGUCGGAGCAUGGUGGGUGGGAUUCUUGGUGGCCUCCCUGGUGAUGGUAUCGGUGGCAAUUCCCAUUGCAGCUUACGGCGUAGAAUUACCAGCCGCCAAAAAAGUAAGGGAUACACGUGUGUCCCAGAUGCAUAAUGAUCAGAUGAUUGAUUCCAAGAGUAAAGAAGAGAUAGGGAGUUCUCUAAAAGAUCUGCCUCAUUCCUUUUGGAUCCUUUUGACCAACCCUGCAUUCACUCUCAUCACAUUAGCGGGAGCAGCUGAGGGCCUGUCAACAUCCGGUUUUGCUACAUUUAUGCCGAAAUUAAUUCAGAACCAGUUCGGUACUACGGCCGCCUGGGCUUCCAUACUUGGCGGUAUUGUCGCAGUCCCUGGAGCAGCAGGGGGCCAGUUUGUGAGUGGAUAUCUAUGUAAACGUUUAAAUCUCAAAGUUAGGGGGAUGUUGCGUUUCAUCAUCAUCGUGUGUAUCCUAGCAACAGUCCUCGAUUUUUGUGUCUGGAUGCGAUGUAGCCAGGAGACAAUAGUUGGCGUCAAUAUGCAAUAUUCCACUGGCUAUACGGAGAAGCUUCCAAACCUUCAAUCACAAUCCUGUAACUACAACUGUUCAUGUUCGUCAGAGUUCUAUCAACCCGUAUGUAGUGAUCAGCACGUUCAAUACUUCUCUCCCUGUCACGCCGGUUGUCAUGGAUACGUUGACGACGGAUCGAAAUUUACCAACUGCUCCUGUGUUGCUCAGUACGUGGGAUACGUGCCAAAUAAUUCAACCACCGUUGUAACUAAUGGCAGAUGUCAGGAGUCCUGUCUUCUCCUUUAUAUAUUCCUUCCCGUCUUGCUCUUUGCCAUCUUCUUCCGGUUUGCACAGUCACCUCCAGCGCUGUCUGUGACCCUGAGAUGUAUACAUGACAAGCAGCGAACGUUUGCUCUGGGUAUUCAGUGGUUCGUCGUGCGACUGUUGGGAACGGUACCGGGCCCUAUAAUGUUUGGCAGUGUAAUAGACAGUACCUGUCUGGUUUGGCAGGAGAAAUGCGGAGAGAAGACUUCGUGUUGGAUAUAUGACAAUGCUCUACUUAGUCGCAAUUUCUUCAUAAUAUUGUUUGCAGUGAAAAUCACCACCAGUAUAUUAUUUGUCAUUGCCUAUAAACUUUACAAACCUCCCGUAGAAAAAUCAGUUUCUUAUGUUGUACCUAAUGGGACGAAAUCGACGAUAUCUGCAAAUGAAGACCAUAGCAGCAGUAAUGAAUCAGAUGUUUUUGACCAUCAAAGUACCGUAACAGUAUUAUAGCGAAAUAUUAAACUCCUGUCUUAACUUAUAACAUCAGCACCAAUAGUAAACGGUGCUUCUGUCAUCUCUAAUUACAUCAGAACCAAUAGUAAACAGUGCUUCUGUCAUUACUAAUGACAUCAGCACCAAUAGUGAACAGUGCUUCUGUCAUUACUAAUGACAUCAGCACCAAUAGUGAACUGUGCUUCUGUCGUUACUAGUAACAUCAGCACCAAUAGUGAACUGAGCUUCUGUCGUUACUAGUAACAUCAGCACCAAUAGUGAACUGAGCUUCUGUCAUUACUAAUGACAUCAACACCAAUAGUGAACUGUGCUUCUGUCGUUACUAGUAACAUCAGCACCAAUAGUGAACUGAGCUUCUGUCGUUACUAGUAACAUCAGCACCAAUAGUGAACUGUGCUUCUGUCGUCACUAGUAACAUCAGCACCAAUAGUGAACUGAGCUUCUGUCGUUACUAGUAACAUCAGCACCAAUAGUGAACUGAGCUUCUGUCAUUACUAAUGACAUCAACACCAAUAGUGAACUGUGCUUCUGUCGUUACUAGUAACAUCAGCACCAAUAGUGAACUGAGCUUCUGUCAUUACUAAUGACAUCAACACCAAUAGUAAACGGUGCUUCUGUCAUUACUAAUAACAUCAGCACCAAUAGUAAACGGUGCGUCUGUCAUUACUAAUAACAUCAGCACCAAUAGUGAACUGAGCUUCUGUCAUUACUAAUGACAUCAACACCAAUAGUAAACGGUGCUUCUGUCAUUACUUAUAGCAUCAGAGCCAAUAGUGAACUGUGCUUCUGUCAUUACUAAUAACAUCAGAGCCAUUAGUAAACGGUGCUAUUGUCAUUACUAAUAACAUCAGCACCAAUAGUAAACGGUGCGUCUGUCAUUACUAAUUACAUCAACACCAAUAGUAAACGGUGCUUCUGUCAUUACUAAUAGCAUCAGAGCCAAUAGUGAACUGUGCUUCUGUCAUUACUAAUAACAUCAGAACCAUUAGUAAACGGUGCUACUGUCAUUACUAAUAACAUCAGCACCAAUAGUAAACUGUGCGUCUCAUUACUAAUAACAUCAGCACCAAUAGUGAACUGUGCUUCUGUCAUUACUAAUAACAUCAGAGCCAUUAGUAAACGGUGCUAUUGUCAUUACUAAUAACAUCAGCACCAAUAGUAAACGGUGCGUCUGUCAUUACUAAUUACAUCAACACCAAUAGUAAACGGUGCUUCUGUCAUUACUAAUAGCAUCAGAGCCAAUAGUGAACUGUGCUUCUGUCAUUACUAAUAACAUCAGAACCAUUAGUAAACGGUGCUACUGUCAUUACUAAUAACAUCAGCACCAAUAGUGAACUGUGCUUCUGUCAUUACUAAUAACAUUAGCACCAAUGGUAAACGGUCUUUCUUUCAUUGCAAAUAACAUCAGCGCCAUAUUCUUACUUACUUAUUGACCAAAGGAAGUUGAAAUUUAGUCGGUGCUAUGUCAUAAAUGUAUUUUUCCAUGUACAUAUUUUAAGAACGGAUAAUCAUUUUUGCUGAUUCUUUGACAGUAUCUUGAUAAACAAGUGCCCAAAAUGUUUUUUAGUAGUCAUUCCCACAGAAAUAUUCUAUUGUAGUAUCAAAUGUAUGUCAUCCUAUAACACAACGAACUUAUCCAAAAAUCAACGCUAAUUGCUGAAAGGUUCAGAGAUGAAUAACGCUUUCAAUUCAAAUUUAGAUUUAGACACAGUAGAGCCAAAGGUUAAAUGAAAUACAAUCAUUUCAGUCUUUUAGGAUUAUUUAAGACGAAGAAAAAUCUAGUUCAACAUAACAGGUUGUAAUUUUUCAAUACUGUAAAUGUGUUAUAAUAUACAUGUUAUCUCAUCAAAUAAUAUAAAGCAGAAAAAGUGGAUCGCAUGACACAUUACUUAGAAGUGAUGUAUUACUUAGAAGUGAUGCACUACUUAGAAGUAAUGUAUUACUUAGAAGUGAUGCACUACUUAGAAGUGAUGUAUUACUUAGAAGUUAAGGCAUUAAUGUGUUUUUGUUAGAUAUGUAAUAUUAGUAAUAGAUGGAAAAAAUAGAGAAAUGAUGACAAACAUUAUGCUAAUAUGUUUACUUAGUAGGUAUGUUGUUAUGGUUUUAUUGUUAUAAGAAUGAGUAGAGUGUUUAAAUCAAACUAUUUUAAGUUUAUCUAAUUACUAUUUGUGCUGUUUUGUUUAUUUAAUGAAAUUUGUUAUUGUGCUUGAUUGAUUAUUCCCUCACAUUCCAGAAAUACAAUAAGGAUAUACAUAUCAAUGCAUUUGGUACUAGCUAAACAAAAGAAAAAUUGUAAGUAAAUUUCUGUAGAAUUUUUAUAUUAUCUUAUGAUGUAAUCAGUUUUGUUAUGAAUGGUGACGCAAAUCGAUGUAUAUGGAAAUAAUAAUCGCUGGUGUUGAAAAAUAGAAAUAUACUAAUGUCUUUCUUUGUUUCAAUGUAUAUAUAUUUUCUAUAAAUAUAUAUGAUGGGUUAUAAUAAAGAGGCAGCUCAAUAAACAACUGUGCUAGUAAUCGGCCAUUUAACCAAUCUUUCUUCUGUACAAUUUUAUUUUAUAUUUCAUUUAUCAGAAUUAGCAGCCGAACAUAUCCAAAAUACACGUGGUAAAGUAUGUUGGAUACCAACAAAGUGCGGAAAUAAAUUCCAAAAUGAUCGAAAAUAUUCUUCCAAGAGCCUAACCGACAUUUAUAUUUGAAACAAUGUAAAGUUAGUGUUACUUCUAAAAAUUAUAAUUGUUUUCUGCUAAAAAAAAAACCCACUUUUUUAAUUGAGAGAAUUAUUCCUGGCGUACAGAAGUUAUAACGACAAAUGAUAUUUUUUUUUAUUUUCCAAUAAUGUCUGGAUUUUGACAGCGUUAACAUAUUAUUCCUUGAUAAUGACAGCGGUAAAGUGAUUGACUAGCACAUCAUGUGACAAAUAUUGUAGAAAUGACUUUUUACUAGUCGGUACAAUACAACCAAUUGUGUGUCUGAUGUUUGAUGAGUCGUAUGAUUAUCGAUAUUGUUAAUUGAUAUUUGUAUAUCACAAUCAGCUAGAAAAUAUAAAUGAUUUUAUUGAAAUAUUUCAGGUUUAAUUCCUCAUAGUUAUGUGAGAUAUGUUGUUAUCAAUUAAUUCCUGAUAGUGGCACUGUUAAAGUCGGUGAAACACUUAAACUACCUUCUGUGACGCUGUUCACAAUUUAUCUGUCCAUGACCUGUAUUUCUGUAAAACUACUUCUGGUUUCAACAAAAUAUUUCAAAAAUACAAUUGUGACUUUGAAAAUAUGUUAAGGUUAUUCAUGUGUGUCUGCCAUUCAUAGAACCUUGUAAAGGUCUGUUCUGUGGACAAGGAUAUCUCAACCCUCAAGAGUUUGUCUGGUGGUCAGAAAGGGCUUACUACGGAAUAAACCCGUGUCUGAGUAUCAUUCUCCCAUACUUAAAAGAACAGUUACAAAUUACAAGUUUUCAAAUUUGCCACAUGGUUAUCAUAUACACCUGUAAGCAGUAUCAUAAGACAUGAUGUCAUAACCCAGGGGAUGACGACGAAAUCACCCCCUACGGUAAAACGGGAGAUAAAUCUGUGAUCUAUGAAAAAAUUAUAUUUUGUGCAAAAUAAAUUAAAGUGAUCCCGUAGUAUGUAGAUACUGUUCGGUGGCAUUUUAUUUUUUUUACGAAAAUUUUGUUUUUAUCCACUGUACUUUGGUGCGAGAAAUUUUUUCUCCGAAAUAGAUUAAUACGCUUAAUACUGUAAAACUCUAUAUUUUCGUGGGACUCAAAAUGUGCAUUUUCGUGGAGAACUCUUACUCAAGAAUUCAACUUUUACUCUAAUCCAUGUCAUUUAUAUCUGUUUAUCUAAUUUUGUGGACACCUAAAUUCGUGGGCUAGGAAUAAUUCAUUUUCGUUUAAUGCUCUCUUCUAUUUACUUAAAUGUGUUUCCCAUACGACUUUGUUAUAUGUUAAAUAUUGUAUACAGUUAGGAAAAAUUCUCACUGUAUUGAUGAAGUAAAAUCUGUAGAUAUUUCAUACUGAGCUGGUGUCUCAGGUGAUUCUAGAUUUUGUUACCCUGACCAUACGUUUGCAUAUAUUAACGAUGUGAAUCAAAUAGGUAUGACAUAUUGGUCUUAGUAAGGAAUUCUUAGUAUGCAAUUCGGAUUUGUGGACAAUAUUUUCGCAUGAUUUAUUGUUUACUGGAAGUUCCUGUUAGAAAGAGUAAGUUGAAUUGUAUGUAAUGCUCGCUCACUGAGAGGAGAUGAGUAUGCCCUUUUGUUCCAUAACUGUCUCCUGUAUCCCCCUCAAAACCCUGCUGAUAAUUGUCUGAAAUAAGGAACGCAAGAGAAAAACAAUGUCACAAUCAAAAUUCGACUGUUUUUUCAUAGCCUAUUUUUGUAUCUGAGAAUUGUUAUUAAAUAUUAAAAAUAAUAAUUGA